AUGCCAGAUCUCCGCGACCCUAGUACCACCCCAUUGAACUUCACCAAGUCCAUUAACCUUGCCCUCUCAGAGCGGGGCAUAAAUGCUAUGCGAAGCGCUGGUCAUCCUGCUCUCCUGCAUCGGAUAUUUGAAGAUGCAAUACCGAUGAAAGCUCGCAUGAUUCAUGGUCGAACGGACGCUGGCGAUCUUUUCCAGGAAUCGCAGCAGUAUGACGCAAAUGGACGUUCUAUUAGGGCGGUAGAUCGUACGGGUCUGAAUAAGUGCCUACUUGAUGCCCUUGACGAACGACCUAACGUCACUCUACACUUCAACCACAAAUUAACCGGCGCGGAUUUUGACAAUAACGUUGCAUGGUUUGAGCAAUUGAAACCACAGGGCAAGUCUAAUGAGCUCUGGCACGGGAGCGAAAACGGCAGAAGACCAAAUGAGAUUGAAGUCCGAUUCGACUUCUUCAUUGGUGCCGAUGGAGCCCACUCUGCCACUCGCUUCCACAUGAUGAAGUUCGCCCGUCUUUCCUAUCAACAGGAAUACAUCGAUACCCUCUGGUGCGAGUUUCACAUUAAGCCAACUAGCAAUGAUGGCUUUGCUAUCGACCCAAACCAUCUACACAUCUGGCCUGCUGGCUCCUUUAUGUUCAUCGCCAUCCCCUCCUCCGACCAUAGCUUCACAUGCACAUUGUUUGCGUCCGCCGAGCAUUUCCAGUCAAUCUUAGGAGAUCCCAAAGCCAAUCUAUCUUCGUUCUUCAACGCUCAUUUUCCUGGUGUCUGUCCUGAUCUAAUAUCGGAAACAGACCUACUCGAUCAAUUCCAGAACAACCCGCAUCUUCCUCUAAUCUCUAUCAAAUGCUCCCCACACCAUUACAGCUCCUCCGUUGUAAUUCUUGGUGACUCAGCACACGCUAUGGUUCCCUUCUACGGCCAAGGCAUGAACGCAGGGCUAGAGGACGUGCGAGUUCUCUUCUCACAUCUUGACUUCUAUGGCUUGUAUCUAUCCGAAGCGAACACCAAAGAGAUGUGGGCGACAGUCCUCGAAAAGGCGCUGGAUGCAUACACUGCCCAACGUGUCCGCGAUGCACAUACCAUCAAUGACUUAGCUCUACGCAACUAUCAGGAAAUGAGCGCAAAUGUUCGGUCUCCGCUAUACAAGCUCAGAAAAUCGCUGGAAGAGACAGUCAGUGUUUGGAUGCCUUGGACUGGUCUCGGGGUAGAAAAAGUAAGUGAUCGGCACAAAACUAGCGUUGAAGACAGCCCAAAUGAUAUAAAGCCUCCAAGAAAGAUUGUCAAUGGCGCCUGGCGUAACAUAGACAACCACAAAAUUGCUGAGCCAAUGGCAGCCGACGCCGAGCGCAACGCCCUUGUUGCGAGUGCGGAGAGGCAUGAUCUCAGAGGCGUACAUCCAGGAGACGGGCAAAAUACCCCAGGAGAAGACGUCGAAGAAGAUGAAGCAGAAGGCUACGAAUACCCAUUGCGUGGCGCGCGUGUUGACGUACAGCAUUACGCUAAUCAUGAUCAUGCAGAAGGAGCAGGCGGCGGCGGACGACAUGAGGACCUUCCUGCGCCCGACUUUUUCAAUGAAGAAGUAAGGACUGUCAACAUUAUCAGAACUUGGAUGCUAGAAUUUCAUUAUCUCGGGUAG